CUCGUCUACAAGACCCGUUCCGCUCCUCUUCCUUCUCCCCGUCGCCAAACUCCACCGCUCUUAACACUGCAAGAGGAGGAGGGCGUUACAGACUACGGGAAGAAGAGAAUAAAGGAUGGCGGAGAUGGGAUGCGAUCCUGAGCUCCGGCUUUCGCUUGGCAGCGGGGUCGAGCAGCAGCGGCGGCAGACGCAGCAGAAGAAGAUGACGAUAUUCUACCAGGGGCGGGUUUGCGUCUGCGACGCUACAGAGAUGCAAGCAAGAGCAAUCAUAUCGAUGGCAAAGAAAGAGAUGGAAGACACGGUGACCACGAAGCAGCAGCGACAAAGCACGGAGGAGGAGGAGUCUUCUUCUCGAGCGGUGGCGCCGCACGUCCUCGACCCCGGCCUGUCGAUGAAGCGAUCGCUGCAGCGGUUUCUACAGAAGAGGAAGGCCAGAGUGAGUGAUGCCUCUCCUUACAGUCGACAGCAGAAACUGCUGCUGUUCCCAAUCAAGUUGUAGCAGUCAUAACCGACUCUCUCUCUCUCUCUCUCUCUCUCUCUGUCUCUCUCUCUUGUAAGAACAACAAAGCUGGGACUCUUUCUCCUCUAUAUGAUCUUCUUCGUUCUUCACUUUUUUGCCUGACAUGUUUG